AUGGCGACAGCAAAUCCGAUUAUUGUAGGCUCUCAACUUUCGAGCAAACCUGACAUAUUACUUCAUCAACUCAAUCAAGAAUUUCCCGUUAUUGCCCCAGAUGAUAAAGACGAUUCUGACUAUAGCAAUUUCGGUAUUGGGGACUUCGAUAGCGAAGAAGAAGUCAGUGAAGACGAAGAGACUCCAGAUGAGGCUGAAGAAGAUAGCGGUUUUAAUGACAUAGUUGAUAGCGAAGCUGAAAGUACAGAUGACGGCGAAGAUGAGUCGUUAGAUGGGAGUACUGCCGAGGAGAGCGAUCAUAACCAUGCUUCAGCCAACGGAGUUUCUGAGGAUGACAGCGAAGCCGACAAGAGUAGCAAUGAUUUACGGCAGCAGGUUCCAGCACGGCCCGUCGUCGACAAGCCACAAUCUCUUUCUAUCACAGAGGCAGCUAGACAGAAAGUACGAGAAGCAGGUUGGAAUCAGAAAGUUCCCAUUGAAAUGAACAGAGACCCGGCUACUGCUCAGGUUCUUGUAAAAUCCACACAAGCUUCUCACGUGAUUGUUCGAUCGCAGCAGCAACGCGACGGGCUGGCGAGACAGCAGUUCAAUGAACAACAACGCAUGCAAUCGAUACAGCAACUUCGAGGCCAGGGGGGAAUUCCUCCAGAUCUGGUGACUUCACAAGUAGAGGACGGGGAAGAAGAAGAGGAAUAUGGCGAUGGAGUGAUAGAAGAACUUGAGGAAGAAGAGGGCACUGAUGAAGACGAUCAGAUGCAAGCUGUGCCAGCACAUAGAGCUUUAGAAGAAAGACUAGUGGACGAAGAAGAGGAUGCUGAAGACAUAGUACAAGAAGAAGAGCAAGACCAGGUACAUCAACUUCAUGUCCAAGCACAAAGGCAGACAAUGGCUCGGGAGCGUCAUGAACAGAUACAUGCUGCUAUGCGAAAGGAGACUUUAGGACAAGAGCAAAUACAGGAGGAAGCCGAAGAAGCUGCAGAAACUGCCGCCUAUGUGACUGACGAACUCGCUGCCACAGAGGCGGAAGAGCUAGCCGCACAGGAAACUGAAGAGAUCGAGCUACAGCAACAGGCCCAGCAGGAACAGCAACAGCUACAAGAACAACAAGAAUCACAAGACGUUGCCGACAAAUCAAACCAGAAAAUGGCUGCGGACGAAGCUAAACGGUUGGCAAAGCAAGAAAAGGACGCAAGGAGAGCUGAAGAGAAGACGGCAAAGGAUGAAAGAAGAGCCGAAGAGAAGAGGCAAAGGGAUGAAAGGAAGGCUGCCGACCGUGACGAACGUGAGAAUCGUCGAAGAGAAGACACAGAGGCCAAGCGAGAAAGAAGAGCUGAGGAAGCUGAGCAAAGAAGAGGGCAGCGCGAGAUAGACAAUGAAGCUAAGAAGGAAAAGAGAGCGAACGAUCUGGAAAUGAAGACGACCCAGGCAGAAGAAAGGCGGGAUCGGGAGGCUGAAGAAGCCACUCAGCGGCAACAGCAACAAGAGAUAGAUCGAGAAGCUCGCCAAACAGAAAGAGAACUCCAGUCAGCUGAUAAAAUCGAACGGGCACGGGAGAAAGCGGAUCGCAAAGCCAUGGAAGCAACUCAGCGUCUUGAAGAGCGGGCUAUGACACGGGAAGCUAGAAAGGCUGAACAGGAAACAAACAUGCAAAGCCGAUUAAGUGAGAGACAACACAAGAUAGACCAGAAGGCUGCUGAAGCCGCGUAUCGUCUAGAGGAACGUGCUAUGCAACGGGAAGAUAGGGUGCAGCAACGUCAAAGAAACUUAGACGAUAACUGGGCUAGACGAGAAACUGAAGCUGAAGAUAAGAGGCUUAGGAAGGAGGCCGAAGAAGAGAAUAGAGCAUCCAAGAAAGAGGCCGACCGUGAGAAAAAGAUACAACAACAAGAGGACAAGCAGCGCAUGAGGGAGGAGGAAGAGGAACGACAUAUAGAGACCAGCAGUACCAUGGAGGGGCCACAGAGAGACACAGCUCGACAAUCCCAUACAGUCACCGAAGAGAUUCGCGAUAUCCCAGUACCCCAAACUUACGAUACAGCACGUAGAGACCAUGAUCGACAAGUGUAUGGUGAGAAAGGCAGCUUUCAAGAAGACCAAUGGGAUGAGAAUCGAGGACAGCAUCUAGGGGGACACCCAGGUGUGCAACACACUGGCGCUGUACGUCAUGAUCAUCGAGGCGAGCGUUGUUUAGGCCAUGGUCAGCAAAGACAUCGGCACGAGCAGAAUGGCAUGCAUGUCAACGUCACACCAGAGCAACAUGCGAAGGCGGAGCGAGAAGCACAGGAAGCAAGUCUCAUAGCAAAGAAAAAGGCAGAGAGGAAAUUGAAAAGAGAAACUAAGAAAGCCAAGACUAAGCAAAAUUCCAAUAGUUCCAAUGGUCAAGAAAAAGUUGAUAAGGACGGAAAAGGUGGAGUUCAAAGCACUACCCAACUACAGUCUGGUACAGAUCGAGCCUACCAAGGAGUGGCCGGAAUGGGAAAAGACAGCGUAGAUAGCGAGCAGAAAGGCGAGAUGGAGCUACCCACGAGUAUGGGGGGAGAAGUAGAAAGAAAGCGAGUUGAGAGUAAAGCAGUGAAGCAGGACAAGAAGGCAGCGAAAAAGGAUGCUGACGCCCAGAAACAGGCUACUGAGUCGGGUGUCAAAAAUGGCAGUGCGGUUACAGAUCAGACAGAUUCCAAUGGUCAAUUGAAGGGGAAGCGGGACGAAGGAGACAGCGCAAAACCCAACCAGGAGAGCUUCAUAGAACAAGAUAGUGAAACAAAGAACUUAGAGGGAUCACCGAAGGGAGUUAUCAUAGCGAAAAAGAGGGCCGAGAGAAAAGCCAAGGAAGACGGAAAGGGCGCUGAGCAUCAGGAGUGUAAGACUGGAGCUUUCGAGUUAGGCGGUAAAGACAAUAUGGCUUCAGACACCAAAGCCGCUAGGAAAGAGGCUAACGAACAUGAGAAGGAGGCGAAUGCAACGAAAGCCGAAGUUCAGAGAACAGCUUUGGGAUUGAGAUUAGUGCACAAAGCUGAGAAAGCCGACAAGAAGGAAGCUGAGAAGGCUUAUAAGAAAGAAUCCCCGAAUGCUAACGGGUCUACGAACGACAAAGAUGCAAAGUAUGCUGAAAAGUCUGAAAAGACUAGCGCCAUGAAAGCCAAUAAGGAGGCUAAGAAAGCAGAGAAGACACGCGAGAAGCUUGAGGCAAAGGUACUAGCAUCAGAUAAGAAGGCAAUAGACAAAGAGGAAAAGCUAAGGCAGAAGUCUACUGCGAAACACGAUACUGCUGGCACCAAGGAUGCUGACAAGGAAGAGAAGCGGAAACAAAAGCUGGCAGCAAAAGAAGCUGUUGAAUAUGAGAAUCGGAGGCUAAAACUAGCAGCAAAGGAUGCGGCCAAAAUAGAGAAACUAGAGCAGAAAAUUGCGGAAAAGGAAGAGAAGUCAAAACUCAGAGCUGCAGCCAAAGAGGUAUCCAAAGAGGAGAAGCUCAAGCAGACAAUCGCCGAGAAAGAAGAACGAAAGAGACAGAAGCUAGCAGCCAAGGAAGCUGAUAAAGAAGAGAAACUCAGGCAGGAGACCGCUGCCAAAGAAGAAGCGAUUGGAAGAAAAGAGCACGACAAGGAAGAGAAGCUUAAGCAAAAAGAGGCUGCCCACGACCAAGCCGUCUACCAGAAGGAACUAGAUAAGGCUGCAAAGGCCGAGAAGAAGGAACAAGACAGAAUUCUCAAAGCUCAGCAGAAGGAGAGGGACCAGGUCGCAAAGGCACAGCAGAAAGAGAGAAGUCAGGCCGCAAAGGCUGAGCAGAAACAGAAAGACCAGGCUGCUAAGGCGCAACAGAAGGAAAGAGAUAAAGCAGACGCGCAGCUGAGAAAGCAAGAAGAAAAGGUGAUUGCAGCGCAGAGGAAGGGAGAUGAGAAAAUGGCAAAGCAGAGAGAACGUGACAGAGAGCAAGGAAUGGCGUAUCAGAGGAAAGAGGCCGAGAAGAGUGCCGCAGAGAGUGCUCUGCGACCUAAAGCGGCGGCACCAAGAAAGGCUGCUCCUGCGAGGAGGCGGAGGUAA